GGCUUCGAACCUGCUGUAAUAUGAUUCUAUGCUAGGAACCUUUAAAACAGAUGUGAAAAUACUAGACAAUGAAACCAUCACUGUUGAUGGUAAGCCCAUCAAGGUUGUUUCAAGCAGGGACCCUCUUAAGCUUCCUUGGGCUGAGCUUGGAAUUGACAUUGUUAUUGAGGGAACGAGAGUGUUUGUGGAUGGCCCUGGGGCUGGCAAAAACAUCCAAGCAGGUGCCAAGAAGGUUAUUAUCACUGCUCCUGCAAAGGGUGCUGAUAUCCCAAUUUAUAUUGUCGGAAUAAAUGAAGGGGACUACACUCAUGAGACCUCUAACAUUGUAAGGUUCGUGACAACUAAGGAAACGCUCUGCAUGCUUUGUGAAGCAGGCUUUCUGACCCUAGCAAUGUGCUACACAGCUGGGAUCCAACUCUCGUUAAUGCUUGUACUUGGUUUCAUGUUACCUGUGACUCCAGAAAUCUCGUGA